AAAACAUGUCGUGUGAGCCGCGCAGCAUUGUUCUGUUACCGCGGAGUAAGUGUGUGGGAGCUGCUGUCCGUGCAGAUUCGCAGUUCAGUGUCUGCGUUAUCGUCAGCAGCUGGUUCGGGUUGACGAGUUCCUCUGUUUUCUGUUUGGGGUUUUUGCAGUGUCGUGAUUUUUACGUUGCAUUCCUCUUGACGGUACAGCGGCUGCAGAAGCACAGUAAACUAGACAAAGUGCAGGAGCCGGUACUGCUGCAGGAAACAGUAACAGAGUAACUUGUUCGGCAAAGGGGUUUGGUUUUUUGGGAGCAUUCAUUGUAGCACGUAGUGAAAAUGUCAAUAUCAAGGUCGAAGCUGGCUGCAGGUCUAGGGGUGGCAGGGCUGAUGACGGCUGUCUUUGGCACUGUGCUGGUGUUCGUCGUUCCACUCAUUGUAGACCAGCAAAUCGUAAAGAAUGUGCAGAUAAACCCCCACAGCGGCAUGCCUUACACCAUGUGGAAAGACGUGCCUGUGCCUUUCUUCAUGUCUGUCUACUUCUUUGAGGUCCUCAAUUCCAACGAGAUUCUUCAGGGGGAAAAGCCUGUGGUGAGACAGAGGGGUCCCUAUGUGUACAGGGAAUUCCGUCAGAAAGACAACAUAACAUUCCACGACAACAACACCGUGUCGUACAGAGAGUACCGGCAGUAUCACUUCUUCAGGAACAUGUCCAUAGGGGACGAGACCGACAUCGUUGUCAUCCCCAACAUGCUGGUGUUGGGAGCUGCUGUGAUGAUGGAGGACCUGCCCUACGCGAUGAAGCUGGUCUUGAGCGCGGCUUUCAAAACGUUCAACGAGAAGCCCUUCCUGAGGCGGAGCGUGGGGGAGCUGAUGUGGGGGUACGAAGACCCCCUGGUCGACUUUCUCAACAACUUCUUCCCAGGCAUGAUCCCCUUCAAGGGCAAGUUCGGGCUGUUCGCUGACUUCAACAACUCCAACACCGGACUCUUCACAGUGCAUACAGGCGUGGACAACAUCAGGAAGGUUCACAUGGUGGAUUCAUGGAACGGGUUAAAAAAGGUAAAUUACUGGAAUUCAGAGCAGUGCAACAAGAUCAAUGGGACUGCAGGACAGAUGUGGCCUCCUUUCAUGACCCCAGAAACCACUCUGCCUUUCUACAGCCCGGACGCCUGCAGAUCGAUGGAGCUGGUGUACGAGAGAUCCGGGGAGAUGCUGGGCAUCCCCACAUACCACUUCGUGGCUCCAAAGACCAUGUUUGCUAACGGGUCGGUGUACCCCCCCAACGAGGGCUUCUGCCCCUGUAGAGAGUCUGGCAUCCAGAACGUCAGCAGCUGCAGGUUCAACUCCCCUGUUUUUAUCUCCCACCCUCAUUUCUACAACGCGGACCCCGUGCUGCUGCAGACGGUGGAUGGCUUGCACCCCAAUGAGGAGGAGCAUGGGCUGUUCAUCGAUAUCCACCCGAAAACUGGUAUUCCAAUGAACUGCUCCAUCAGACUGCAGCUGAGUCUGUACAUCAAACAAGUAUCUGGCAUAUCGGAGACUGGAAGGAUCAGUCCGGUGGUCAUGCCUAUGAUCUGGUUUGCGGAGAGCGGGUACAUCGACGGACCCAUCCUGGACACGUUCUAUAACAACCUGGUGCUGCUUCCCUCUGUCCUGGACUACAUGCAGUACGUCUUCAUCGCACUGGGAGGGCUGAUGCUCGUCGCUGCCGUGUUCCUGGGGAUAUGUAACAAGAAACAUCCCUGGAAAACUGACCGAGACGAAACCACUUCUACUGCAGAGAGGACUCCUCUAUUGAACUAACCUAUCAAUGCUAACCUACAAUCCGCCUGGAAAUAGCAAGCGCCCCUGCUGCUGUCUGGGCUGAAGGAUCUCACGCACGCACGCACACGCACACACGUUCUCUGGACUCACCUCAAACUGCUUCAGCAGUCCUGCAGUAACGCUCCAGUCCACUCUGUGUUUAGGGUUACAGGAGACUAAAGGAUGUGUGUAUCUGUGUGUGAAGGAGCGCACACAACAUGGAUUCAAGCAGAAUUCAACACGUUUCCUUUAUUGAUUCCAAUAAUCAACAAUCACAUUUUUACAGCUUUAUCAUGAUCAUUAUACACAAUAAUGAGGUCACUAGUGAUUCACAGAAAUGAAGCAAUAAUUCGUUACCAGCUUGUGGAAGAAAGCAGAGGACACGGCGCUGGUGUGUGUUCACGGACGAUCUUCAUUACUUCUCGAAUGCCUGCUCUUUAUACAGUAUCCUUGCAUGCAAAGCGAAUUGCUGGCUUAUCUCUGUGUGUCAGAAAUGUCCUGCUUGCACCAGACGAGGUGAGCUCAGUUCUAUUGCCCCUUUCUCAGGCAAUAAAACG